AUGGAUACAAAUAUUGGGGUCCUCGAGAAUGCUGUCAUACAGGUGGUGGUCGAGAGUGUUACGCCAGAUAUGAUUGUAGUGUCAUACACUGCCAUAAAUGGGUCUGUUUACCAAGGCAUACUGUUGAACAAUGUCAAAAGACGUUUUCCAUGUGGAAGUGUUCCUAUGACAAAACCUCCACUAUCGCCCAGAAAUUUAAAGACUGAAUCUGAUAAUGACAUUUUAUAUUCUGUAAGUCAACGUUUUACCUAUUUCCAAAACACCCCCAACACAUUAAAAAAAAUUCCCAGUAAAACUAAAAAAGUGAGAAAACCCAUGACUGUUCGUCUAAGACCUCGUCAAGUUCUAUGUUCAAAAUGUAAAUCAAAUUGUACUGAAAAUUCAGAUAAUGUUGAAACCUCUAAAGAUCUUGUUAAAAAUGAAAAUAAUACAAUUCCUGAAAAGAGAUUAUUACGAAGUCAUGGACCUGUUCCAGAGUUUCCUAUAAAACCAUCAGAUUCUGUAUCAACUGUAUCUCAAGUUAAAUCUAUGUGCCGUACCUUGAUACCUAAACUUGUAAAAAUUAAAUCAAGAGAAAUAACAGAGGCACUUAAUAAUUAUUCAACAUUCACUGAACUAGAUGAAUGGGUAGGUAACAAAAAAGACUGUGAAGAUGACUGUGAUAUUGAAGAAAAAAUGGUGUUAAGAAAAAAACCUAGCAUUGGAUCGAUGGAAGAUCUAUGGGAUGAAACAGCGUUUGAAGAAACUAAAAAAACACCAAUAAUAAAAAUAACAUUUGGAUCUCAAGGUGAAGGUACAGUUAUGGAAAUACCAUCUCGUCAAGCUGAUGGAGAUAGUGAACCAGAUAAACUCUUGCGUAAAAGAGCAAAACGUAGAAGACAAGAUGGAGAAAAAAGAAAAAAACAUAAGAAAAGACAUAAAGAACAUGAGGAUGAUUUAGAAAUGAAUAAUUUCUCAAUACAUUUAAAUAAUUUUAAUUCUAAAGAGGAAUAUUGUGCAAGAAAAGAAACUAAUAGUUCUGAAUCAAUUAAUAAUGUAAAUGGUCAACACUCUGAUGAUGAUAUUGAAUCAAAUAGUUCACCUGAACUUGUAAUGCCUCAGAUAGAAUCAUCAGACUCUAAUUCCAUUUUUGUAUUGAAAUCGGGUAAAAUUCUACACGAAGGCGAUGUUGUUUGGGGAAAAGUAAAAGGAUUUCCUUGGUGGCCAGCAAAGGUAUCAAAUUUUACUACAAGUAAUGGUGAAGAAAAUGGGUCAUUUGUUAAUGUCACUUGGUUUGGUUCUUCUACUACAUCUUUUCUUAAUUGCGAUCAGAUAAAUCCAUUUUUAGAUUUUUACAAGUCUCGAUUUAACAAACACAAGAAAACAAGUAGUUAUAAAGAAGCUAUCAAACAAGCAAUGGCUAUAGCGAAACAACAGCAAAAUACAACCAAUCAAAAUAUCAGUUGA